UGACAUAGACCAAAGAUAAUAUAUCUUUCACGAGAGUUCAGGCCAAGAUGGAGGUCCUGUAUUUAACAAUUCUUUUAGGCGUAUUGGUUACUCCGACAUUUGCAACAACGGCGUGUGUCGCCACUCUGCAUGGGGUCUGUGUUAGCCUAUACGCUACGACAGUGUACUGCCCAAUAGGGGAUUCUUUCACAGUAAGUUUCUGUGGAUUUAUGCAAGGAUGCUGCUAUCCUACAUAUACAACUUCUGGUAUCCAUGGCAGUACCGGUACACAAGGUAGUACCGGAACACAUGGCUCAACAUCCGGUUCCCAAAUUGGUUCUGGUACACCAGGCGCGUUAUCCGGAUCCGGAAGUAGGUCAACAACUAAAUGUGGAAUGAGUGAAGUACCUCACACAAAGAUCGUUGGAGGAACUGUGGCUACUCCUGGCGAGUACCCCUGGCAAGUGUCACUCCGUUUUAAUGGUCAACACAUGUGUGGAGGUACCCUUAUCAGUAACCAGUGGGUGCUGACUGCCACACACUGCUUCGAGGAUACUGGUAGAUCACAUUGGACAGUAGCCACUGGUGUACACGAUCGGGGUCACAUCUAUACUACACAGGUACACAGAGCAGUGAACGUUAUCUCUCACCAAGGCUACGACAAGACAACUCACCACAACGACGCCACCUUAGUGAAGCUCGAGAAACCUAUAGACAUUACCAGUACCAACGUGAGAAUAGCUUGCCUACCGGAGCCUCAUCAAGUCUUCGAUAACCAAAUCUGCACAGCCACUGGUUGGGGAACGACAUAUCUAGGAGGACAAACAACACGUUACCUUGAGGAAAUCGACCUACCUAUCAUUGCGAACUCACAGUGCCGAUACAUCAUGGGUAAUGCUGUGACGUCAUCUAAUAUAUGUGCAGGCUACACACGUGGACAUGGAGUGUGCAAGGGAGAUUCAGGUGGACCACUAAUAUGUAAAGUAAAUAAUCACUGGACGCUGGCUGGUAUCACGUCUUGGGGGUACGGAUGCGCUGAGGCACACACCCCGGGGGUCUACACAAGAGCUUCCGCGUUCCUGGACUGGAUACAUACAACAAUGCGUCUACAUGGAGCGACUACCAGAUCACGAUUUGACCUCAAAGAUAAGAAUCCAGUAAGUCCAUUUCUAACUUUGCAAAGUUCACUUUCAUCAAGACCGUACACCGACAUGGAUUUGUUCUGUGUGUCUCUGCUUUUGGCUAUUGCAGCCAGUCCGGUCUUUUCUCAAACAGUAUGCCAAAAUACCCUGCAUGGUUCCUGCAUCAACUUGUUGAGCGGGACAACCCACUGUGGAGCAGGCAACCAUCUCGUCCUUAGUUACUGUGGGUUUCUAGAGGCAUGCUGUUAUGGGGCUCACCACACCGUCGCUACGGCCGCUCCCACGCAUGCGCCGUCCCAUGGGACCGGUUCGCACACCACGAGUAGCGGUCAGUGCGGUGUCCCUGCCGUAUCAGGCAAUCACAAGAUUGUAGGAGGCACAGUAGCAACACACGGAGAAUACCCGUGGCAGGUUUCCCUCAGAUACGGAGGACAGCAUAUGUGUGGUGGUACCCUUAUAGAUAGCCAGUGGGUCGUCACCGCGGCUCACUGCUUCCAGGACACUUCGAAACAUUACUGGACCGUAGCUGUUGGUGUUCAGGAUCGUAGUCACAUAUACAGCAGCCAGGUCCACAACGCCAUACUUGUUUUAACGCACGAGCACUACGACCAUAGCCGUAACCAUAACGACAUCGCCUUGAUCAAACUGGACAAACCUGUGGACACUACCACUACCUACGUCAAAACGGCUUGUCUUCCCGACCCCAAUGAAAACUUCGACAACAACGUUUGUACAGCAACUGGAUGGGGAGCUCUUCACGAGGGUGGACAAGGCUCUCGUUAUCUGGAGGAGGUCGACGUUCCUAUCAUUCCCAACAGCAGGUGUAAUUAUUACAUGGGAAAUUCUAUUUACACAUCUAACCUUUGUGCUGGCUAUAGUCAAGGUGGAAAGGACGCUUGUCAGGGAGAUUCCGGUGGCCCAUUGACCUGUAAAAAGAACGGAGUUUGGAAAUUGGCCGGUAUUACGUCAUGGGGAUACGGCUGUGCUCAGAGGAACGCUCCCGGAGUCUACACGCGGGUAUCAUCCUUCCUUAGCUGGAUUCAAACAACAAAGAAUGCGCACUAAGCUCGGAUAUGGUUCGCCGGGCUUACUCGAUAUACGCGAUUAUAUAGCAAAAAUAAAAUCAAAAUGGUG